GAGCUACAUGAGUUCCAUUGUGUCUUCGUUACAACGACAACGCGUCGCUGAGGAUGCAUCACUCAAAUAGGAUAACAAUUUACUUGACUUUCGGACGCCACCCUGUGUGCUGUUGAUGGGUUUUCAGCUUUGUGGCUGCAGUCACGGCCUAUCUGUUCUUCGUACAAUUUGGGGAUUCCAGACAAACAGUUGACGGCGCUUUGCAAACUGCCCUCAGCCAGUGACGGCAUCCUCCCAGAACCAUAAUUAUCUGGCCCAUCUCUUGGGAAGAAGAAGGCGAAUAUGGUUCUAGUCUCCACCAGACGUGUAACUGUUCUGCUGCUGUGCCUGAGCAUUAUGCUCUGUGCUCAUGCACAAUUACCUGGUGGUGGACCACUUGAAGAAUACCAUUUUCUUCACUCCAAUGUAACAGGUGUGACAUGCAACACUACCGACCCGAAUACGAUACGAUUUGUACACCUAGGUGUUGGCGGCAGUAGUACACCCCGACUGGUUCCUUUUUACGAUGCUUCUGAUCCAACCCAAACUGAGUACCAGCGUUUGAUUUCAAAUUCAAGCAGCUUCUCCAUCUACCAGCUUCACAUUAUCAAUUAUGACGGAGUGCGAGCAGUCUACGCGUGUGGGCCAGUAACAUCACUUGCCACUAGUCGGUAUACCAUUCUGCGCACUGAGCCAAUUGUGGGCAUGAACACUGUUGAUGGUGCUAACACUGGACUGGCUAAUCAGCCGGGCAUAUCACAUGUUUUCAAUGAAGGAUCACCCAUCCCACCAGUUGUCUGUUUUCCUAAUACUGGACAGCCAAGAAGGAACACGGUAACACUCAACAUAACUUAUGAUGAUGGCCGCACACGUACAUUCCGACCAGACCCCGUUGCCAGAGGAGUAAUUUUCCCAAUUCCCAGUGUCCGGAAUUCAUCUGGCCUUUAUGUGUGCUACGCUGCGAAUGAAGCAAACACUGUCCCUAUUGUUUUCACAUUCAAUGUAACCGUAUAUUUCCGACCUGACUUCUCUAACACUGAGCGUGAACGUUCUGUUGUUGAGGGCGCCAGGCUAUUCUUGACAGUCUAUGUGUCCAGCCGUCCCGACCUGACUGUGUUUGACUUCGUCAGUGCUAGUGGUGUCAGGUCCUCGUUGCUGUCCCAAUAUCAAGCUGCAACACCCACUAACAAUCUAAUGACUGAGCGCAAGGUGACAGCUCUGGAUGUAGCAUCAGCGGAUUCAACUCAAAAUGGCGUGUACGUGUGUGAAGCAACCAAUCAAAUUUCCGGUGGUGCAGGUUCAAGUUCAGUCAAUAUCACUGUCCGCGUUAUCCGCCCUGCCGGUGCACCACGUAACAUCACCCUUCUCUCCAACGCCUCCACCUUCAUUGAACUGUCCUAUGUGCAACCGGAUGAUGAUGGAAAUUCCAAUAACAUCGGCUACAGAGUGAUGUGUAGCACUAAUUUUGGUGACGCCAGUCGUGAAGGACAUGUUGUGGCAGCUAAUGUGUCCGACCUCACUGCCAACAUAACAGGACUGUAUGCUGGAGAGACCUACACGUGCACAGUUCAGGCGAGAAAUGUGGCCGGCUAUGGAGCAUCGGCCUCACGGAGUCAAAUAGAGCUUCUACCGGGUGAACCAUGCGCACCAGUGGCGAUGCAGAACUUCGAGUCAGGCAGCCUGUCUCUACAAGUGAUCUAUCCGUGUGACGGUGGUAAUGCUGCCAAUUGCACCAUCAGGAGAUCUCCCGCCGGCUUUUCAAGGGACAUGGCAAUGUGUACAAUUGGACAGAGGAUCAACGUGAACGACAGUACUGCCGUCGUAGGCAUCACCUACACAUAUACCAUCACGAUUAAUAAUGGCUUAGGGCCAGUGUCCACAACGUUCAGUGCAACUGCUUCAUCUGCACCAACUGUGUCGGCAGGCAUAUUGGAACAUAGCACCGCUAACUCCUACCAAAGCAGUUCAACAGAAAACAAUGCACCAUUGACCACAUCACAAGCUGCUUCAUCUGCACCAACUGUGUCGUCAGGCAUAUUGGAACAUAGCACCGCUACUUCCUACCAAAGCAGUUCAACAGAAAACAAUGCACCAUUGACCACAUCACCAGCUGCUUCAUCUGCACCAACUGUGUCGUCAGGCAUAUUGGAACAUAGCACCGCUACUUCCUACCAAAGCAGUUCAACAGAAAACAAUGCACCAUUGACCACAUCACCAGUUCAACGCCCUUUUUCCACAUGUGGCCAGCAGUCUUUGCCGGCAUGGAACAUGUACGGGAUAUCAUCCGGAUAUGUCCAGCCAUGGUGCCUCACAUGAUGACGGCCCUACGCCUACGGACCAUACACGAAACAAGUUCAAGCAUGUUAAUAAAGACCACGUUUUUUCUCCUGCCGACUGGAUGCCUGUUCGGGGGUCUCAUGCUGUCGGCACAUCUUGUCACAAAGUUGGCGAAUCUCCAGAUGGGAUAUUUGUUUCUCGGGAGGCAGCGGGACCUCUUCUUCCCAUCUUUUUCGGCACUCCUGCCGACGCCGUCUCCUCAGAGCAUCAACACUGUCACCCUAGCUGUUAUUUUGCUCUUCCUCAUAGUCCUCUGGCAAUGAUCUCGUCAUUCUGUUUAUACAACAAACGCGCUUACUAAAACAUUGCAAUCAAGCAGCACACCCCUUGGACAUUUGAUCCAACGUUUCUUGCUGUCGGCGUAGCCUUUCGCGAGCACGACGACUCCCGAGGCGGCGGGACCAUCUUCUCCCACAUUCUACUCUCUGUGUAGCCACUCCUGCCCACACCGUCUGCUCAGAGCUUCAAUCCUGUCACCCCUGCCACCCCUGGUAUUUUGCUCUUCCUCAUAGUCCUCUGUUAAUAAUCUCAGAAUUCUUUUCUUACAACAACCGCGCCCAUUAACCCUUUAUGUACCAGCCAUCUAAUUGUUAGGUACCACCUCCCGUACAUGUCUAGCUGGCCUGCAUGCCCUUGCGUACGCACCUUUUGUCUCCUUUUGCUCCGUUGGCCUGGGUAGCUACUUGCGCGCCCAUAUUUGCCAUAGCUACCCAGGCCCUUUAUCUUGCAGUUUAGACUUGAUCUCACUCUCUCUUUCCUCACUCUUCAAUGUAGUCGUUUCGUUCGUCUUGGUCUCUUGUCUCGUCGUCUACUAGUAUAAUAAAUGUCGUUCCCACUAACUUGUUCCCGUUGUAAUGUCUGGAUACGUUGUCAGUCGUCCUGUUUCGAACUCAACAUUGGCGCCCGAUUAUUGAUCGACCCACGACCCUGAGAUCAUCCCAUGCCCAGCCGUCACAACCACCAUUCGUCUCGUCUAUGUCAACCUCGUCUCGUCCAUGUCAGUCUCGUCUCUCCUACGCCAACCUCGUCUCGUCUCUAUCAACCUCGUCUCUCCUACGCCAACCUUACCUCGUCUAUUCUCGUUCAAGCCAUGCAGGUCAGCUACCUUUCUCUCUUUCUUUUUUUUUGUAUGCUUCUUCGUCAAAUUUAUUUUCGUGAUUUUUUUUGUAGUGUGUGCGCGCGCGUGUGUUCGUAAAACAUAACCAAGUUAGGGGUCCGAUCAUGGUGAGCCACGCUCUAAUUUUUGGAUGUUUAGCAAAAGUGUAACUAGGCUGUAUUAGCCGUGCAAAAUACUAGUAAUUCACGUUCCUCGUCAAACUCCAAUAGUUAUUACACACAAUAAGUAGUACAGGAAUGAUGUGUACGAGUGCAUUUUUAGUACACACUUUCGUGAGAUCCAUGCGCGCGUGCAGUAUGUGUGUGUGUGUGUGUGUGUUUUCUCCUCCAGUUCAUUUUUUUUUAAAUCUUUUCCUCUCUUUUUUUUUUCUCUCCGCGAGGACGCGGGAUUUUUUCAUGGAGGGGUGGUAUGUUAGGUAUCACCUCCCGUACAUUUCUAGCUGGCCUGCAUGCCCUUGCGUACGCACCUUUUGUCUCCUUUUGCUCCGUUGGCCUGGGUAGCUACUUGCGCGCCCAUAUUUGCCAUAGCUACCCAGGCCCUUUAUCUUGCCGUUUAGACUUGAUCUCACUCUCUCUUUCCUCACUCUUCAAUGUAGUCGUUUCGUUCGUCUUGGUCUCUUGUCUCGUCGUCUACUAGUAUAAUAAAUGUCGUUCCCACUAACUUGUUCCCGUUGUAAUGUCUGGAUACGUUGUCAGUCGUCCUGUUUCGAAC